AUGUCUAUCCAGAUUAUCUCUGACUUGCACCUUGAGGCACCAAAGGCCUAUUAUGUCUUCGAAAUUCCCCCUCACGCCCCGACUCUGGCCCUGCUCGGCGACAUUGGGAACAUCGCCGCUCACAAGGAUGAGUGCCGCGCUUUCCUGAUUCGGCAACUCCAAAACUUCCGCACUGUACUCUUCGUUCCUGGAAACCACGAAGCCUACCACUCCAGCUGGCCCGAAACCCUCAAUCUUCUCCGACAAUUUGAACGAGAGUUCGAUCAAGACGAUUCAAUCGGUGACUUCGUUCUCCUAGACCGUAAUGCGUAUCAGGUGCCCGGCUCAAACACUGUCAUUCUGGGCUGUAGUCUCUUCUCCUUCGUGCCGCCCGAAAGCGAGAUGCAAGUCAGCAUGGGGCUCAACGACUUCUUCCAAACCAGCGACUGGGAUGUACAAGCCCACAACGAUGCCCACAAUCGGGAUGUAGCCUGGCUCAAUGCGCAGGUUUCAGAGCUCGAAAGUUCCGACGUGGAGGUUAUUAUCUUCUCGCACUGGAAUCCAAGCAGAGAUGAACGCUCCAUCGAUCCGAGAUUUGCACAAAGUCCAAUCACGUCGGGAUUUGCGACAGACCUAUCAGGACAACUAUGUUUUAGGAGCAGGAAAGUGAAAAUAUGGGCCUUUGGGCAUACACACUAUAACUGCGACUUUACGAUACAGAGGGAAGGUGACGCCGAGCCGCUGAGGCUGAUCGCAAAUCAGCGAGGAUAUUACUUCUCUCAGGCAGCAGGAUUCGAUGAAGAAAAGUUCAUUGAAAUUUGA